AUCUCGAGACAUGCAUGCCGCCCUCGUACUGUACACUCGUACAGCGUGUCUACACACGUCGGGGGGCGCUGCGUCCUCCUCUCCGCUGUCCAUGUCUUCGUCUGCGCCGUCUCUUCCACAUCUCUCCGCGGUCUCGUCUUCGCCAAGCCACGGUACUCGCGUGAGCACGCACGCCGCUCCCUGGCCCUCGUAUCAGCCCUCGGCCUGCAGCCACCCUUCGCGCCUCACCCCGCCGUCUCAAUUUUGCUGCCCGCAAGCCCCCAAGCCAGGGUUCCGUGGCGCGUUCCGCUCUCCGAUCGUCAUCUCUGGAACAGCUGGCACAAAUGUGGCAUAGUAGAGUUUCGCUUCACGCUGACUGGGCUGCUGGCUCGCUUCGUAUGCCAUUCAUCUCAGUGUCCGUCCGGUUCCGCCUCCGCCACAUGGUCAGGCACUCCGCUCCACAAGUCAGGCGCGUCUUGCGCCAGUUCACUCCUGCAUGUACAAGUAUACAACGUCGGCUGCGGCAUCAUGGGUGUGUGCUGUGUUGAGCGCUGUGUGUCGUGUGUCGUAUGUCGUGCGUCGUGUGUCGUGGGCCUGUGUCGUCCCGCCGGCGCUGAUUUCUGCUUCACGCCCUACUCGAUAACCAGGCGCUCCUCGACAUGGCGCUCCUGCCCCUUCUCUCGCGCCACAGAGGGCUGGAACACCGCCGCCGCUCGUUGCCGCCGCUCUUGGUGCGCUGGCAGCAAACCCUUGCCAAAGUUGAGCAGGCACGCCACGCCGUUCCCGA